AUGGGUCCGCCGCCGACCCCUUCCACCUCUCAGACCUCACCCACGAAGAAGAAGGAGGGCUUCGGACGCUCUAAAGGACUCAAAAACAAACAGAAACUAAAGACUGAUUUUAGCGAUUCUAUUGGUUUUCUUGAUGAGGAAGACGUGUCAAACUCGGAACUACUAUUGCCUCAAUACCCGGUCAUUCGGGAAACUCUAUGGCCGGACACACCGCACACCGACGAACAUAUGAUGCAUUUGUAUAACACUUAUGUCAACACAACAUAUCAUGAAAUGCAAUCCAUGAAGAAACCAAUUGUUCCCUCAUUAAUAAUGGACGACCUCUACGCCCGACACUUUGCGUUGAGUGCCUUACAGUGUAACGAUCGCCUCCCGGAACCCAUCCAAUCGACCGACACAUCCGACUCUGUGUUAUCGGCGGUGGGUUUGACCCCCAAAGCGAAACCCAUGUCUCCGAUUAAAGAGAGCAAAAUAACGGGAAGGUAUCGGAAGGACAGAGAGGCCGACUUGGCUAAGAUCAUUGCGAUGGGCAACCGAUCCAAACGACAGAUACGACUGCCCUCGAGGUUUCAUGAAAGCAGUCUUUUGAUGGGAAAUCAAUGGGUUAUUCCCGACUACGACUCGAAGGGGAAGACCGGUAAACGCCGACUACUAGAGGAACAGAAACGCCUCCAAGAGCUUCACCAAAAGCAGCUGGAAAUGGAUCAACGCUUCCAAACACAGGCGCACACCAGCCAUACAAACACCACUAACUCAGACGACUCAUCGCAAAGAGAGUUAUCUCUGAUUCACAAGAAGUUAUCGAAAACUAAGCCGAAAAUGAAACUGAAGAUGAAAUCAGUUGCCAUCGGAACUGCUUUUGGAUCUAAUUAUCAGCUGAAGAUUCCGCACCAAAGAAUCAAACAAAUGCAGAUAUUUCGCCACCAAAAGAAUCAAAUGAAAGCUUUAAAGCAAAAGAGUGAACAACCGCUGGAAAACUCAUUCAAGUCAUUGUAUUCCAUGUCCCAAACGGAUGGAGACAAACGGGUUCUGUCGCUAUCGGCCAAAGCACAGGCCAGCGCUUCACAGAGGGCUCACGUGAACCAAUUGUUUCGCACUUUGACCGACACUAUGAACCCAAACAAAGGUUCCUCUGUCGGCAAAAUUACCAAACUUAACAAAUUGGAGACAAUCAAAGAAGCCAUUGAAACCAUCAAUAAGUUAGUCAAAAGGGAACAACAGUUGGCGUAUAUCCGGAAACUGUUGUCGAUGUGGAACCACAAACUCAAACUAUGCGAUAAAGUGGCGCAAAAAGAUAUGAAAGCUGAAGCUUUCAAAGUAGUGAAUGAAGUGAUGAUUGCAUACAAGAGUAGUGUUUGCUAUAAAGUCGGAGAAGCAUUGGAAGCGAAAAGAAAAGAGAUGCAACAAAAACGCGCUCAUCAAUUGGUCAAAACACAAGCGGUCAGCUCAAGUCAUUCAGAGAACAACACUUCAGCCAAAUCUUCUCCUGUAAUAAAUUCGGUCCAAAUUCCAGUCAUUCCAUUCAAAAUCCCUUCGAAGCCAUCGAAUCAGAGAUAUAUUUUACCAAAACUUGUGCCCAUUUCUAGCAAUUCUGUGAACACAAACACCAAUACUAAUAAUACCAAUAAACUAAUAAUUAGCACUUCCAGUAAAUAUCCAAAGUUAACGCCCCCUGAUUUGCAUCACAAAAGUGUUAAACAUUUUUCAGGUGAUAAAGAGCUUAUCAAACAAGAGGGCUCUCUAUUGAAGCCCCCAAUACUGACCACUCGACCGACAAUUUUAAAGCCUUUUAUUGUUUCCUCAAAUGACGAUAUUCAUACAAGUAAUUCAGUGACGGGUCCUAUAAUUAACGUUCCGAAUAUAUCAAGAAUUAAGUCAAUGAAUAAAUCACUGAACGCAUGCAAGAGCUCAACAUCACUGAUCGCACCGCCAAAACAUAACAUAAAUAGUCAGACAAUCACUUCAAACACGCGUAUAAUGUUGUCCUCAAAGAGCAUCUCAUCCACUAAAAUGUCGACCGCAACGACCACUUCUCUGCACACAUUAGGGCCAAACAGUGAGGCGAAUGCGGGAAAAGUGUUCACUACUGGUCAUCCAUUGAAAAGCGUAAUCAUAGCGUCCGAAACGCCGUUAGCUAACGAUGAUCUCAAAAAAAUUGUCGACUCCAUUACAGCCAAUCCUGACGCUGAGUUUGAACUCGAGUUAAUCCUUUUGGAGACUGAAGUUGAGCUCAAACUCGAGAUUCUAUUCAAAAAGAGUUUUGAACUGGAUCUCGAAAAGUUGAAUCUCACAAUUGCGAAUAUCAAUAGCGCAAACUCUAUCAAACAUCUGUUUACAUGA